UUCGGGCGAUUCGCCGCGAGACGUGGAUACGUCAAACGUCAAAUCGACUCGCGUAAUCCGAGAUCUGACAAAAUGGCGGACUAGCGGUCGCCUGUCGCUUUGUUUUUCUUGGAAGGCGUUUACGUUAUUGUCAUAUAUACUGUCGCAUCUUCAAGAACGUAAUACGGGGAAGGAUAAUUUUUCGAAGUUUGUUUGGAGGAUUCGAGAAGGAGACGCACAAGUUACCUCUUUUCUCUUGAAUAGAAAAAGAAUACCGUCUAAAUUACGUGUUUACAAAAACUGGUCUAACCUAUCUAUAUCUACCUGUUACGUUGGAAAUCUUCGUCUCUCGUCGAUGAGUCGAGGACACAGUUUGUCAUCGUGAUCGGUUCAUCGGUUGAGACAUGUCAGCUCCCGAAGCGAUACAAGUCAGUUCCCUCCCGUUGCCGCCCGUGCAAUAUAUCAAUCAGUACACGGAUGAAAAUGUACGUCGUGGAAGAGCUCCGCGGCCACCGCCGCCGAUUCACGACAGCUACUCCAUGUUCGGUAAUGUGUUCAAUGCGGACGACACGAUUAUCAGACCGCUGGAGGCUCAAGGAAUCAAAAGACUGUACCCGCAACACUUUGACCGUCGACGCGAAUUGAAGAAGCUCAAUCACUCUCUGCUCGUGAAUUUCUUGGACUUGAUAGAUUUACUCGUUCAAUGUCCAGACAGUCCCAGACGUGCAGAGAAGGUCGAAGACUUGAGUUUGUUAUUUAUCCAUAUCCAUCAUCUAUUGAAUGAAUUUAGACCGCACCAGGCCAGGGAAACGUUACGAGUUAUGAUGGAAAUACAGCGUAGACAGCGUCUUGAAACAGCACUGCGUUUCCAGAAGCAUCUUGAAAAAGUUCAAGAAAUAUUACAGCAUGCCUUACAGAUGCUUCCAGAUACUUCGGAACUGGAUUCUAAACUUGCAAUAAAUACAGAUAUUAUGGAAUCAGUUGAUAACAUGGGUUUUAAACAACAAACUCAGGAUCCAUGUAGUCCGAGCGAUCGUAUUAUGUGUAAGGUGAUAGACGAUAUGAUUUCUUCAAAUGGAUUAUUUUGAGUGCUAAUUAAUUAAUAAUUUAUCAGUGAAUAUCCUAUAAUAUGUACAUAUAAGUUACAAUGGUGAUACAAGGAUAAAAUGUGAUCUUUUUUCAAUAUUUAUUUACAAUUUUUUUAAAUACUAGGAUUAGUUAUUUAAGAAUUGUAAGAAUAAUUUGAAGUAUUGUUUAGAAUUAGUCUUCUCAAAAGAUAAUAGAAGUACUGCUCGAAACACA